AUGGGGUCGCGGCGGCGCUCCAGCGAGGCGCAGCGCGAGCCGAAGCGCCCGCGCGGCGGGCACCGGGCCGACGGCGCUCGGGAGGCGCCGCGCGCCCGUGACGGUGCGCCAGGGGCUGCGGCGGCGCGGGACGCGCCCGAGGCGGCGAAGCGGGCGGCCAGCGGCACGGCGGACCCGUUCAUGCGGGCGUGGGCGUGGAAGCGCGAGCACCUUCCUGACAGGGCACGGUUCCAUAAGCCGUACAAGUAUGACUUGAAUGGGGGGGGAGUCAGCGACGCAGGCCGCGACGUGGGCGCCCAGUUGACCAUCGAGCAGGCGCCGUUCGGGCCGGAGGGCUUCGCUAGCACGGUGUGGGACAGCAGCAUCGUGGUCGCGAAGAUGCUGGAGAAGGCGGCGGAGCGUGUCCGCGGGAAGCGAUGCCUGGAGCUGUCUGCUGGCACAGGCCUUGUAGCGGUCGUGAUGGCCAGGCUGGGCGCGUCACGCGUGGUGGCGACCGACCUCGAGCCGAACCUCCCGCUGCUGCGACGGAACGUGGCGAAGAACGGCGCGGACGUCGAGGUCGCGGCGCACAGCUGGGGCGAGCCGGUGGCGGCGCUCGGAGGGCCGUUCGAAGUGAUUUCAGUUUGCGAUUGCAUGUAUGUAGACGAGGACGACGUGGUGCGCGCUCUCGCCCGGAGCAUCGCGGCGCUGCUGGCAGCCGAUGGCCUGGCGGUCGUGGCGCAGGGGCGCAACGACAGGGCGUGGGAGCGGUUUGUGGCGCAGUGUGCUGCGCAGGGGCUGGCGCCGCCGCGCGCCGUGGGGGACGACGAGCUGGACGAGGUGUACCGGGCGCCGGACGUGUCCGUGUGGGAGAUCAGGCGGGAGGCUGCGCGGCAGGGAGACUGA